CUGCGUCUACUUCAUGUCAGUUUGUACCUGCUAACAUAACCUAAUCUUUAUGUUGUAGUCUAAACUUAAAAUAAUUUUUAAAAAAUAACACAGAUUUUAAAGUUUAAUCGCACACAAAGUUAAAGUCACAAAAUGUCGGAGCGUAAAGUAUUGAAUAAAUAUUAUCCGCCGGAUUUCGAUCCGUCGAAAAUCCCGCGUAUGAAAUUGGCAAGAAAUCGCCAGUAUACUGUGCGAUUGAUGGCACCAUUCAAUAUGCGGUGUAAAACAUGUGGUGAAUAUAUCUACAAGGGCAAGAAAUUUAAUGCACGUAAGGAGGAUGUUGAGGGCGAUGAUUAUCUGGGCAUACGCAUUUAUAGAUUUUACAUUAAGUGCACUCGGUGCUUGCAAGAGAUAUCCUUCAAAACCGAUCCGAAAAAUACAGAUUAUGAGAUUGAAGCAGGUGCUACGAGAAAUUUUAUGGCAUUAAAGCUAGCUGAGGAGCAAGCACAGAGAGAGGAAGAUGAAGAAAAGGAAGAAGAAGCUACUAAUCCAAUGAAGCUUUUGGAAAAGAGAACUCUUCAGUCAAAGCAGGAACUGGAAUUGCUAGAGUCUUUGGAAGAAUUGAAAGAUUUAAAUCGCAGGCAACAGACUAUAGAUUAUGACCAAAUGUUAGAACAAUUUGAUACAGAUGGUGCUAAGCAAAGAACAGAAAAAGAACAAGAAGAAUUGGAUGAGCAAUACAUUAAAUCUGUAUUUGGUAAAAAGCAACCAACUAGGACAGUUGUGGAGGAGGAAAUUGAGGAAAUUGAGGAAAUUGAAGAAAUAGAAGAAGACGAAGAAAAUGAUGAACCCCUUAAAAAAAUACCUAAAACAGAUGAAGCAAAUGACAAAGAAACAGAAAAUGUUGGACAUUCCGGAAAACCUGGAAAAGCAUCAUUGUGGUCAGACAAUGCAGGAUUAUUCCCCAACAAGAAGAAUUCAUCAAUUUUGGUGAAGAAAAGCAAUAUCGGUAUAAAAAUAAAUGCAAAGCCAUUGCAGAAUAAAACAUUAGCGUCCGAAAGCGCAAUUUCUGAUAAAGAAACAGUCUCACAAUCAGAAACAAAUAACACUUCGACGAUUACUUCGAAUACAACAGGCACUAAAUCGAAUAACGUAGGUAAUAGUCUCUCACUACUAGGUGCAUAUUCAGGCAGUAGUGAUGACGAUAGCAGUUAAUAAUACAUAGACUAAUAUAUUUCUGGAAUGUACAUAUUUUUAUUCAAGAAAAUAAAAUUGUCGUAUAUAAAAUAAACAAGAUAUAUAAAUAAUGCAUUUAUAAAUACAUAUUUCAUUAAAUACAUUCGUACAAUUACGUGAAA